UCAAUCUAUACUUGAAGAAUCCAUCGAAAGGUAAGGACCUAGAGAAGCAGCGGGCCCGUGACAAGCAGUAGAAUAGGUUUUAAUUCUUGGUGUCAGUGGAAAGUCGAGGAAUUUUGGGAUUUUAAGAAUUGAAGGAAAUUCAAAGAAUUGUGGAAAAAGUCCAAAAAGUUCAAAAAGUUCAAAAAGUCCAAGAAAGGGGUCAUUUUUUGGAGGAAUUUAGCGGUAAAACGAGCUCAAAAAAACGAAAAAGAGUGAUUUCUUAGUGAGAUCAUAAGAAGUUUUGGCACUCUUAGAAGGAAAGUCUUGAAAGUGUUUAGAGGUGUCAGUAAGGCAGCAAGACAGCAAGACAGUCAAUCAACCUAUCGGUACAUCAACCUAUCGUCCUUCAUCUUAUCAAUCAGUAGACAAUACUCUAUUUAGAUUAGAACGUUUCAUUCUCUCUCUUAAAUUUUGUGAUAAAUUAGCUUCUGGGUAAUCUCGUAGAAAUGUCAGAAAGACGAUCAUCUAGAUCCAACAAGGGUAAGCAUUCCGGUCGUGAAUUGGAGGAAGAUAUUCCAAUAACGCCACCCAAGAGGAAAAUUGGAGUUGUCAAUGAAGAUGACGAGAUUAAAAUCAAAACCAAAACCAAACGAGCCAAAAGUGAAGAAAUCAAUGAAGGAGAAGUCAAAUGUACACCUUGUGGAACCACCAAUGAGAAUUAUGAUGAAGAAACUGAUGAAGGAGGGGUUAUGAUUGAAUGUGAAGGAUGCAAGACUUGGCAACAUGCCACAUGCAUGGGGUAUAAGACCAAAAAGAUGAUACCCAAAAAGUAUCAAUGCAAUGAAUGUGAGAAGAAGGAACACACAGAAGAAAAGGAGGAGGAAAAACAACAACAACAAACAAUCCCAAUCAUUACAUCCAUUGAAUCCCAUUUAAAGGAUAAAACAAGAAUCAGUGUGGCCAAGGCAUUCUUCAACGUGUUCAAAAGAAACAUCCCCAAGGAUUAUGAAUUCCCUUCAGGGUUGGACUCUGAGACCUUGUCGAUCAAAUUUGCCCUUCAAUUGGAACAUGAAAUCAAUGAAUCGGCACCUAAACAAGAAAAGAAGUAUACGGACCGUAGUCGAAGUUUGGUGGUGUUGGUGAAAAAACCCAAUGUGAUGAGUAGAAUCAUGCUGAAUGAACUUUCAUUCAAGGAGAUUGUCAACUCUCUGCCCGAGGAAAUCGACGAGGAAUUGAAGAAAUAUGCAGAAAAGGUGAGACAAGAGUCGAUCCGUAGAUCUGUUCUCACGGUGGAUGACUUGGGAAGCCAGAGAAUCAGAAGAACCCACAAGGGUGAGGAAAUCGUAGAGGAUGUUAGUCAUAGUGAUACGUAUACCAAUGAUGUUAACAUUGUAAGCAAGAACGUUGACCAUAGAAGGUUUAGAGAAGAGUCUCCCGAGAUCAUUGAAGGGGUCAAAGUUCCACGGUUCCACCUGGACGACGAUGAGCAACUGGACGACGGGGAACGGGGCGGUGAAGACAGAGGAGAUGACAACGAAGACAACGUUCCUGAUUUGGACGACGAUGAGUUGGAUUUCAUCCUCAAGGAGGAAGAGACCAAAAAGGUUGAGGUUCCAAGUAAGAAAGUUGUCCCCAAACGACCUGAUUCCAUCGUAUGGAAUGGACAAAUUGUGUUCCCAGACUUUGUAUUGUUUACCACCAAGGUUAGUUUUGUUGGAUGUGCCAACAAUUUGGCCUCCACGCACCAGACGGCUCAAUACACUCGUCAAAUCAAAAUCAGCAAGGAAAUAUUUGGUCGGUCAAGCUACGAAAUCGAGGGGAAGUUGGACAAGGACCGUGCCGACGCUUACUUGAACAAAAUCGCCACCAGCAGAGAUCUCUACGUGGUGAAGCUUGAGCCUGGUGACGGUGCUGAAGACUUCAACAAAUUGUACGAGUAUCUUCUUGGGAAGAACAAGGUUGGGGUUUUAUCGGGCAAACCGGCGUUUGUCAAGGACUCCUACUUACUCAGUAUCGACUCCACCAAGCAGAAAAUCCCCCAAUAUCUCGAACUGUUGCAGUUGUCGGGACAGACCGGGGUGUUUGGGGUGUUUGUGGUUAAACGGGAUUAUGUCCCUGUUGGACGUAGUAUCCUUAAAAAGACGACUACGGUGGCAACACCACCACCACCACCGGUUGAGGAAAAAGUGACUACUUCUCUGUUGGAUUCGAUUUUGAGUCAACUUGGAGGAGAGGUCAAGAACCAGUAUCCAACUGGUCAACAGUACCCAACUGGUCAGCAGUACCCUUCUGGUCAACAACAGUACAACACCAGUCAGCAGUACCAAUCUGGCCAGCAAUAUGCCACGGGAAACGGGUUGACCAAUGACCAGCUUCAAUAUUUGAACGGAUUGGUUCAACAGAACCCACAGGUUCAGAACAACCCACAGCAAUUGAUUCAACUUUUGCAACAACAAAAGGAAAACUCUUAUCCAAGAAAUGUAUAGUAAAAAUGUAACACGA